AUGCUUAUGGACUCUGCGGCUUGUUUUCAGUACCAUGAUAGGCGCUUCUCGGCCAUCGUUGGACCGACACCGACAAUUCAGCUUCUGGUAGAGCAUGAAGCUUACCCUUUCGCCCACGAGGCUGGAGUCUUCUGCCCCGAGAGCAACAGUCUCUAUAUCACAAGCAACCGAUGUACUGGGCCCAACAAUGAACAAAAGGUCUAUAUCACUCGAGUGGACUUGAAUCAUUCACCUUCGACAUAUGAACGAAUUGUGACAGAUAUUCCUAUGGCCAAUGGAGGCAUAAACUACGGUCAAAACGAUAUUCUCUUCUGCCCGCAAGGCUCCAUGAGGCAGCCGAGCGGUUUGUAUCGUAUGUCAACACUGUCACACGAAUCAGAGAUUUUGAAGAGCGACUUCUUCGGUCGGCAGUUUAAUUCAGUCAAUGAUGUGGUCGUACACACAGAUGGCUCAGUCUGGUUCACGGAUCCCAUUUAUGGGUUUGAGCAGGGAUAUCGGCCACCCCCACAGUUGCCAAAUCAAGUCUAUCGAUGGUGCCCAAAUAGUGGUAGUAUCCGAGUCAUUGCCGAUGGAUUUGGAAGACCAAAUGGUAUCUGUUUCUCGCCAGAUGAGAAGAUCGUUUACAUCACCGAUACUGAUCGGGUCCACGGUGACGGGACCAUCGAUGAUCAACGAGUAUCUUCAAUUUAUGCCUUCGAUAUGUCUGAUUACGAAGGAGAAGUGUUUCUCACAAAUCGACGCAUUUUUGCUAUGGCGGACCAAGGCAUCCCAGACGGUAUCAAAUGCGACCUUGAAGGCAAUGUGUACAGUGGUUGCGGGGAUGGUAUCAACGUAUGGUCUACCGGUGGCGUUCUUCUAGGAAGGAUCCUUAUUGAAGGUGGCGUUGCAAACUUUUGCUUCGGAAGAAGUGGAGAGAUGUUUGCUUUGAACGAACACCGGCUUUGGAGAGUUCGGCUAGGCGGGGCUGUGAGGGGGGCACUGCUCGGAUUAUAA